AUGCAGCAGCACGACGGCACCCCCAAUGCCCCUAGCGGCCCGCGUCUCCAGACCACGUUCCCCCGCCAGAUGAACGGCGGCCACCACGGCUUCUCCCACGGCGCCUUUGCCACCAACCAGCCUGGCUACGGCGACCGCCACCCGGAGCGCGCCAACAACAUGUCCAUCAACACGGGCAGACUGAACCCGGGCAACCAAAACGGCGCCGACCUGCAGACGCCCGGAACCGGCUUCGACAUGAACUUUACGCCUCUGCUGCCCUCGCAGCUGCUUCUCGGUAGCCCCUUCCAGCCCGGUUCACCCUCUGCCUUUGCCUCACCGCAAUUCCAGAAUUUUGCCCAAUUCGCCAGCCAGAACCAAUCGCAGCAGCAGAACCACCAGUCUAACCACGUUAGCAGCCCCUUGCAGCAGCCGCUCUCGCCCCAGCUCUACCAGAACAUGGUUUCUCCCACGAGCGGGUUUUUCGGCGGUCCGCAGUCUCCCACGGGUGGAUUUUCUGGUUUUGGUGCGCAGGGCCUGGGUGGGCUCGGCUCCUCUAUGCCGAUUGCCCCUGGCCUCGUUUCUGGAACUAGCAGGACCGUCUACCUGGGCAACAUUCCCCCAGAGACGUCUGCCGAGGAGAUCCUGGGCCACGUAAGAAGUGGCCAGAUCGAGUCAGUCAGACUUCUUCCCGACAAGAACUGCGCCUUCAUCUCCUUCCUCGACAGCAGCUCUGCCACGCACUUCCACUCUGAUGCCAUCUUGAAAAAGCUGUCCAUCAGGGGCCAGGACAUCAAGAUUGGAUGGGGAAAGCCCUCGCAGGUGCCCACUUCGGUAGCCUUGGCGGUGCAGCAGUCUGGCGCUUCCCGAAACGUCUACCUAGGCAACUUGCCCGAGGAUGUUACCGAGGAUGAGCUGCGCGAGGAUCUCAGCAAGUUUGGCCCAAUUGACACGGUCAAGAUUGUGCGGGAAAAGGCCAUUGGUUUUGUUCACUUCCUGUCGAUUGGCAAUGCCAUCAAGGCUGUUUCGCAGCUCCCCCAGGAGGCCAAGUGGCAGGCCCCCAGGCGCGUGUACUACGGCAAGGACCGAUGCGCCUACGUUUCCAAGACGCAGCAACAGAAUGCCGCGCAGUACUUGGGCAUUGCGCCUGGCUACGCCCAUGUUUUGAACGGCGCGGACCGUGAUAUGAUUUCUAAUGCCCUCGCCCAGCAGUCUGUCGCUGCUGCUGCCGUGGCAACGUCGGCCGGCGGUGUGAACAACCUGGGUAACCGAACCGUGUACCUGGGCAACAUCCACCCGGAGACGACCAUUGAGGAGAUUUGCAAUGUGGUGCGUGGCGGUCUUCUGCACCACAUUAGGUACAUUCCCGACAAGCACAUUUGCUUCGUUACGUUCAUCGACCCUACUUCGGCGGCUUCUUUCUACGCUCUCAGCAACCUUCAAGGCCUAAUGAUCCACAACCGCCGUCUGAAGAUUGGCUGGGGCAAGCACUCCGGUGCCCUUCCCCCUGCGAUUGCUCUUGCCGUCAGCGGUGGUGCUUCUCGCAACGUCUACGUCGGUAACCUCGACGAGUCCUGGACCGAAGACCGUCUGAGGCAGGACUUCUCCGAGUACGGCGAGAUCGAGCUGGUUAACACCCUCCGCGAGAAGAGCUGUGCCUUUGUCAACUUCACCAACAUUGCCAACGCCAUCAAGGCUAUCGAGGCCAUCCGAGGCCGCGAGGAGUACAAGCGAUUCAAGGUCAACUUUGGCAAGGACCGAUGUGGUAACCCUCCACGCCAAAUGAGCAACCAGCAAGCCCAGGCUCAGCAGGCUGGCAGCGAUGGUCUGCAGUCGCCGUCGCCUAUCAACGGCCUGCACCCCAACCGUGCCGGCGCAUCAGUCUCGCCCACCGGCUCUGGCGCUCCCGGCUCUGGCCAAAGCACCAACGGACAGUUUCCCUCUGUCCAAGCACCUGCUUCGGGCAACAUCCUCAACUCAGGCAACAACAACAACCCGCUCAUGAUGUACCUCCAAGCCCAACAGCAACAGCAGCAGCAGCAACAACAGCAACAGGCAGAGGCUAGCAUGCAACAGCAGCAAAACCAGCAGCAACAGCAGCAGUCUUUCCAGUCGCCUCAAGCUGCCUUUUACGGUGCUGACCUGAACACUCCUCAGCCGCAUCACUCUCACAGCUCGCACCAAAGCACUUCGAGCUUUAGCCUCAUCAACGGCACAUCAACUGGUGGCUCUGGAACGACCACGGUUGGUGGACUCCUUGCGCCCUCGAACCUCAACUCUCGCGGCCAGCACUCUCGCGCCGUCAGCCUUCCCGCUUUCACCCAGGGCCCCUUCAACCACUCCAUGCCUCAAACCCAGGCCCCUCAACAGGGAUCUUUCGGCAGCCUGAGUUCGGGCAUUGGAGGCUUUGGUAGCGGCAACAGCGGCUAUGGCCUUGCGAUCCAGGGCGAUGGCGGUCUGCCUGGAUGGGCCGAAGAAGAGGUUGGUGCCCAGUAG